AUGGGCGAUCCCCCGUGUAAGAGUGAGGUGGAGGAGGACAUUCCAGGAGAUGUCACCACAGAAAAUCCCAGUAAAAAUUGUGAUGGAAAUGUUAUAUACUUGCUAAGUUAUAAAGCAGAAGAUGAGGAUACCAUGCAGCGUUCUUCAGGAGAAACUCUCAUUAACCUUAAUGUACAUCCUGGACUUCACAGUACAGAUGUAUCUUAUAAUCUCCCUAAACAUGAGGAACCUCAAGGGGAUAAAAGAUUUAAGUGUGGUAAAGAGUUCAGUAAAAGAUCAAGACUUUCUACACACAAAAGAAUUCUGACAGGGGAAAAGCCAUACUGCUGUGCAGAAUGUGGGAAGCACUUCACAAAGAAAUCAAAUCUUGUUACACAUGAGCAAAUUCACACGGGAGAGAAGCCAUAUUCAUGUUCAGAAUGUGGGAAAUGUUUUGCAAAGAAAUUACAUCUUGUUGCACAUGAAAUAAGUCACAUAGGAGAGAAGCCUUACUCCUGUUCAGAAUGUGGGAAGUGCUUUACAGAAAGAUCAAGUCUUGUUACACAUGAGAAAAUUCACACAGGAGAGAAACCGUAUUCAUGUUCAGAAUGUGAGAAAUGCUUUAUUAGGAAAUCACAUCUUGUUAUACAUCAGAAAAGUCACAUAAGAGAGAAGCCAUAUUCCUGUUCAGAAUGUUUUAAGUGCUUCUCAAUAAAAUCAAGUCUUGUUAGACAUGGGAAAAUUCACAAAGCAGAGAAGCCAUACUCCUGCUCAGAAAGUGGUGAAUGGUUUACAGAGAAAUCUAAACUUGUGAGAGAUGAGAAAAAUCACACAGGAGAGAAACCAUAUUCCUGUUCAGAAUGUGGGAAAUGUUUUACAUGGAAAUCAGAUCUUGUUAGACAUGAGAGACGUCACACAGGAGAAAAAACGUUUUUAUAUAUUCCCAAGCAUCUUCAAAACCAACCUCCAGACAAAACCGUGCCAGGGGAGACCCCUGGACCGGACUAUCACACCUGA